AUGGCAAGUGGUAGCACGCAGUCACCACGCGGUCGCCCUCGCGGAGGAGCAACAAACUCACCCGCCACUGGAGAAUCACCCCCAAAAGCAAAGUCGGCAAGACCUCGCAGCAAGUACGCAGCUAGAGCUUGUGAUGAGUGUCGACGACGUCGCGCGAAGUGCGACGGAAAUAAACCAUGUGCUCGCUGCGCUACUCGCAACCUGGUGUGCAAGACGGCCGAUGACGAAGAUGCCAGGGGCACUGCUCCAAAGUCCUAUGUUCGAAUGCUGCAGGCUCGGAUCCAUGUCCUCGAGCGAAUUCUGCAACUCCAUUCCAUCAACAUUGACGCUGCUAUUGCCCGGCUAGAACAAGACAAGACUGCGCCGGCAAACACUACUUCACUUGCCGCCGACGGCUCUCCCACAACCUUGGAUCAUUUCUGCGGCGCAUUUGAAGGUUCCUUGACUCUCGACGAAUCUCUCAACUUCGACCGUGAUGGCCAGGCACGUUACUUUGGUCCAUCAAGUGGCCGUCUUGAUUUUCAGAGCCUUGAAGACUGCAGCCAAGAAGGAGUACCGCAACGUACAGCCGCCAUAGGACAGAUCGAGCAGAAGUCGAUCGCAAAUGCCAACAUAUUGGGCGACAAUAAUCCACUGUCUGGAGAGUUGGAGUCUCAUCUACUUGACCUAUAUUUUACAUGGGAGCAGCCAUGGUUUCCGGUUGUGGACGAGAGGCUAUUUCGGGAGAGCAAAAGAACCAAUGGGCGCUAUUACAGCCCCUUGCUCCUGAACAGCAUUCUGGCAGUUGCGUCCCGUCACAGUGACCGAAUGGAGGUGCGAACGGACCGCCAUGAUGCUAACACGGCAGGACGUAUGUUUCUUGAGGAAGCCGAGAUGCUUUUGCGCGUCGAUCUUCGCCAGCCCAGUAUUACUACUUUGCAAUCAGUCGCUGUGUUGGGCACUGUGUAUGUGGCUUUCGGCUACGAUGCCGCAGGCUGGCUGCAUCAGGGAAUGGCGAGCCGAUUAGUUCUCGACAUGGGUUUGCAUUUAGACCCUGGAGCUCUUGUUGAGUCAAACUGCAUGAGCCCUGAAGAAGCCGAAUUGCGUCGACAAAUAUACUGGUCCCUGUAUUGUGUUGAUAAACUCUUUGCAAGUUACACUGGUCGUCUCUGCACUAUGCUGGAUUUCCAAGGAGCUGUCGGCCUGCCUUCAGUACAAAAGCCGAGCACGCGGCACAAAAAUCACCAGGACCCGACAACUGUGGAUCGAUCACUUCUGAUCGCCCUUCAAAACGCAUUAAGCACCCUUUGUCAGAUUCUAGAGAGUAUUUUGCUCAGUUUGUAUUCACCAAAGAAGCUGCCUGAAGGAGCUCAGAGGCAGAGUUUCUUUGAUUCGACUCUUCUCGCACUCAAGAGUUGGCUCUACACCCUGUCGCCAGAAAUCAAACCCAUCAGGGCUGACAAGGUCAAUACACUUCCCCAAGCCAUUACACUUUGCAUGGUCUAUCAUACUACCGUUAUCCUCCUCGCCAAGCCAUUUCUCGUUGUUGAACAGCACAACCACCAGUCGGGAAAGGGACCAACGCAACACGAACCGUCGAGUAGCUUGCUUCCAGAAAAGGCUGUGGCUCUCACUCUGGAAGCUGCGAAAAACAUUUCCACCCUUGGCGAUCGCUACCGCGAAGGCUUCGGCAGUUUUCGAAGGAGUCCAAUAUCAGCUACGCAUUGUACUCUCAGCGCGGUACUGGCGAUUCUGCAACUCUCGAACUGCUCUAACCAUACGGCUGAUGGCAGCAAUGCUGACAAGAUUCGUCCCUGUCUCCGUACGCUGCAUGAGCUGUCCGUGUCGUGGACCCCGCCCCGCAGGUAUUAUCAGAACCUUCUGAAGAUGGUCCGCCGUGCUACCACGACUCAUAAUGAGACCAAAGAGCUCGACCUAGCUGUCAUAGAAGGCCGACCAAGUUCCGGGCUUACAAUUGUGGGGCCAGAAGAGGAUCCACCAAACCUUUCAUUCUCACAAGACUAUAGAAAUGAUGUGGCCGAUGAACCAGGAUGGGCUGGACAUUUACUGGCAGCCGAGCCUCCCAUGUAUGAUCAGAUAACCAUGUUCGAUACGCCAUAUUGGCCAGGUUUUGAGACAGAUGAUAUUCUCAAUCAUGAACACUGGGAGAAAGUUUUGCUAGAGAGCACAGCGUUUGAUUUGCCGAACUCAUAG